AUGAAGCUCACUGGAAUCGUUGCCUCCCUCGCUAUUGCGGGUACUACAUCCGCUGCCGCCAUCCCCUCUGACCCCAUCAACGGCAUUGUUACCAGACUCGACGGCACCCUGGGCAGCCUCGAGUCUGUCCUAGGCAAUCUCCUCGGUGGCGCUCCUACCGAGAACUUGGUCGAAAUCAAGAGUGAGCUUCAAAAUGUUAAGGUUCAGUUGAGCCAGUGUUCCAGCUCCCACAGCCAGCGCAAUCUCGAGAGCACCGUCGAGACUGCCGCGGAGCCUGUGACCAACAAGGCCGGCGAGGCAGCUGAAACCGUGAAGGGCGCUGCCGACUCUGCCGGUGUCAAGCGCCAGACCGACCAGCUCGAGACUCUCUCUAGGGGACUCCUGCAGAAAAUCCAGGACGGCGAUCUUGAUGCUGCUGGACUUCAGAAUGUCCUUAGUCUGGUUCAAUCGAUUAACUACCCCCACCAAAGAAUUCCCCGCGAUGCGCAGAACAAAAAGUUAAUCAACCCCAAGAAACAAACCCCUCAACUACCACCACUCAUCCCUCUCCUUCUCCCGCUCAGUCUCCUUGGUCUAAAAAAAAAAGAAACGAAAAUGUCCGACACCGAAUUCCCCUACAGCCUAACAAUCUCCCUCCCCCUCCCAACGACACGCCUUGCUUCGUCGGCUCUGCGCACCCUAGAAGUUGACACCGAGCUUUCGCCCUUCGUGCGCCGCGACCUGGCCAUCACAUCUCCUUCGCCAAAGUCUGAAUCCAAACUGGACCCCGAAGCCCCCGCGGUCCUGGAGACGACGUACCACGCGACUACGAACCGGAUGCUGCGGGUGGCGGUGAACGGGUUCAUGGAGAGUUUGGGUGUCAUAUUGGGUGUAAUGGAAGAGUUAGAUGUGGAUGUUCUGGAAGCCGAGGAGGGCGAGGAGAAGAAAUGA